GAAGUGGGGCGUGUGGGGGUUCUCUUUCAUCUCGGGCGCUUCCCUGGGCAGGAUGGAGGCGUCUGGCGCUCUCAGCGUGGAGGCCUUGCGGGAGCGGCUGCUCCAGGGGCUCGAGGCCGAGCAUGUGGAGGUGGAAGACACAACCCCUGGACGCUGUGCCACAAGCUUCAAAGUCCUGGUAGUUUCCCCACGAUUCCGAGGAAAAGCCCUGUUGCAGCGGCAUCGGCUGGUCAAUGAAGUCUUAGUGGAGGAGUUGAAGCACAUUCACGCCUUUGAGCAGAGAACACUAACGCCAGAGCAAUGGGCGAAAGAACAAGAAGCUAAGUGAGAGAGGAGCUCCUCUGCCCUGGGAAAGAAGGCGGCGGCAGCCCAGAGACCAAAACAAACCCCCAAGGGAAAGGGAGAGGCAGCUGUGAAGCAAACAUAUGCAGGCGUGGGACCCACCCAGGUCUGUCCAGUGGGAAGACUAGGAGGACUUGGAAGAGCAUGUAGCAGAAAAUAAAACGUAAAACCAG